AGAAAUUUUACUCUCGAGAGAAGGAACUUGUGGGCCACCUUUCUUUGUUAUUAAGCAGAAGGGCCUCCUGUAAGACGCUGCUGCUGCUUGCGAAUACCUGGCAGACCUCUCUUAGGAAGCAGAGGCAAUUCCCCCCUUUUAGGAGUUUCAUGCUGAGGAGGAGAAAGAGGGGUGGAACCUCAGGCGUGCAGAGGAUUUCAGCCUCAUAAGUAACGGAGAGGGCAUGGCUUCUGGCAAACUUGAGCCCCGGCACUUUUCAUUGUAGAAACUCCUCAGCUUGCAUCUGCUGGCAAAACUGGGCGGCCGCCCACUGCUCAGUUCAUUUCCUUUCUACCCAAAACAGGACUUUUUUUUAUUGCCAAGCUUUUUAUCACCCAGCAACGUCAUGCCUGUGGUCUGCUUUUCUUCCUAGAUUUUCUUACACAUCCGUAAGAAAGUCUGUUUUAGGGAGAUUCCCCUCCCCCGCAAAAAAUCUCUCCCGCUUUAUAUUAAGAUCAUAGAACCUUUUUUGUAGGCAAGAAGGGAGUAAAACGCUCAUUCUGGGGUGAACAGCAAGCAUCCAGUUAUGCCAUUGUGUGUGUUUGCUUAUGUCAAAAAUAACGCAUUAUGAUUGCCAGUCAAGCCAGCCUUUCAUUCUCUCCCGUCCUGCUUUAUCCAGCGCACAGUCUUACGAUCUGAAGAACUCUAAAGCUUGCUCGCUAUUUUGUGGCGUUUUGAUGGGCCUAUUGCCCCACUACGGAGUUCGGAUAGUACUCUUCACUCAGAAUACGUUUUUAGAGCCUCGUCUUGAAACAGGACGCAGCCUGUUUUGAUACUGGCAGAACGGGAUUGUUGUAGUGUGCUGGCUGUUCCCUGAAAAUUUUCCUCCGAUUCCCCUCUGUCUGUGGCCAGUGCCAAGCGGAGCGGGAUCCCGUCUUGUUCUGGCUCCCUUUCUGAGGGCUGCCAAUCUAACUCCUUUCCCAGGGCGGUCAAUGACAUAGCCAAAGAGAGUUCAGAAGGCCAGAGACGCCCUCUGUGGGUUCCCUCGCGUCCGGUUGCCUCUGCGAAGCUGCGUUUGAUUGAGUGAGGAAGGGCUCGCUGGCAAGAUCCCCCGGCUGAAUGAGGUCACAGAGCCGGUAACGUUCUGCCUUCCCGCGUGUCCUGGAGACCGAGCACCUCGCCGGCUGAAGGAGGAGGAAAGGCAUAGCUGGCUGGCUUGACCCAAGUCGCUUCCAGGACAGCCGAGGCUCCUGCUAGAGGUGGUCUGUGGUGAAUAUGGCGCUCGCCGCUAGGGAUGCAGUACCCGUCUGUCUCCUCCUCCUCGUGUUCUUGCCCAGCUGGGACACUCAGACUAGGCCCCAGGGAGAACCUGACCCAGAUGUGCACACUUCGAUAGUUCAGAAAAAUAAUCUUAAAGAAAUUAUUAAACUACUUGAUCACCGAAUCCAAGUUCUGCACCAAAAGAAUUUGAUGCAUGAACGUGAACUCUCAGAGAAACAGGACAGAUCAGUAACUGUACACAUGAAUGUGGUGAAAGGAUCCUCUGUAAAAGUGAAGGCAACUCCUAGUAGCCUAACAACACAAGAAAUCCCUUUUUCCAAUAGCUAUUCAAUACUGAUUGGUAACAAGCUGCACAAGAUAUCCCCAAAUAUCUUUAUGGACACACCAGAGAGACAUAAUAAAGUGAAGGGUGCAGGAACCGAAGAGGAUAAAAAGAAAAUAACUUUGCUUCCUGGCUUGAAACAGGACAAAAUUGCUGGUAAUAAUGGUGGCAGAUCAGUAAGAACAACUAAUAUUACUAUCAGAUUCCAUUCUGCUGACAAUUCAAGCAAAACUCAGAUUGACAUUUACAAUUUAAAAGAUCCAAGAGAAGUGCCUGAAGUUCAUAUUGUAGCCAGCAACAUUAUUAACCAAGGCAUUAAAAGUGAUUCAGUAGUAUUAAAAGACAAUGGUUUGCAAGUGAUAGUAAACAGUUCAGUGGAUAAGAAUGUGAAACAUAUUCUUGAAAAAGGGAGAAGAAAAGCUCUGAUAAUAUCUGAUCAUGGCAAGAGCACUGCAGAGGGCAGUGAAAGAAAUCCUUCUUUAACAGCUUUGACGCCAUUAAAAGCCAACCACAUGGAAGAAGCUACAAGUCAGCCUCUGGUUUUUGAAGACAGUAAGCGAAAAGCAACAAGUGCACUUAAAGAUGAAAGUUCAAAAAGCAUAGUGAAACAACAAACAAAAACUUCUGUAGAAGAACUAGAAAAUAUAUUGAAUGAUCUAAAGAUGGAGAGGGAGAAACAAGAGUCUUUGCCACCUAGUGAAAAAAUGCAGUCUUCUGUAAUGGAAGAUAUUCUUCAGGAAUUAAAAGAACAUCCAGUUUAUAGGCCUUCAGCCAGUGACAGUGAGACACCGAUGCUUAUGGACAAUGCGUAUUCCUCAAAAGAACUUGAAGGCUCAGAAGAGGCAGAUUACAGGGAUGAUGAAAACCGCAACAUGCUGAUGGAGUCUUUCCCAAAAGAAAGCCAACCUGUAGAAGUCUCAGAUGAACCACCAAUGAAUGAACUUGAAGCAAGCCCUGUUCCAUACUUAAGAACUGAAGUGACAAAUGAAGACAUGAAGGAUGCCAAAAGAUUUGAAUUCUUUGAGAAGUAUGAAGAUAUUCAGGGCAAGAAAAGAGCAAAAGCUGCAGACCUAAAAGAGCUGCUAAAGCACAUCAUCAUUGCCUGUGUAGCUGUCACUGGAUUGAUCUUGGCUGUAAUAGUUCUUGUGCACAUAUACACUUCAUUAUUUGUGAAGAAGCAAGAACCCGAUAAAACAAAUGCUGAUGUUUGCAAAAAAGAUGAACCUGACAAAAAUGAAGUUAUGCCAGCUGAGAAAAAAGGAAGCCAACAAUCAGAAGACACUAUUAACAAUGAGGAAACAGGAAGCCAACAAUUAGAAGACAACACUGCUGACAUUGGAAAUCAAAACAACAACAAUGUGAGUUCACCGCCACCAAUUUUUCCAUCAACAGAUUGUGACAAAGUGCCAAAGCCUUUAGACAUCCAGCCUAUAAAAACUCGGUGGUCGCCAAACUCCCCAUCAGGAGAGACUGACUUACUUCUUCCAGCUGAACCUUUAGGGCACUCUCCUGAUAAUUGUUUCCCUUCAUACAACAGCGGCACAUGCAAGAACCUCAAAAUACAAUCUAGAACUUUCAAAACCAAUUGUAACUCUUGUAACAGUCCAGAAAAUUAUAGUAAACCCAAAGAUCAUGACUAUAAAAGAUGUCAGACCAAAGAUAUUGCUCAUUACAGAACAAAAUCAAUCUAUCAAAGACUGUCAGAGCAUAGACCCAAAUCCACAGAACCCAAAAGAUGGCACAAAAAUGGUUCAUCUAAACAACAGAGUUACAGCAGUUCAAGUUGGGUUGGUGAUCCUUCAUCCAAUUUUUCCAUUGGUUUAGACACUAAUGAAAAUAUUAAGGAGUCAGGACUGUCUCAGCAUGAUGGCUCAGAGUGUGCAUGUUUUCAGCAUAUCAAAGGUUCUUCUAGUACAGACUCGUAUUCGGAUUAGAGUACCACCAAGAGGAGUUAGGAGUUAUUCUUCUGUUUGAUCAGUGUCCGGAAGCAUUCAGUCCAGUCUUUUUAUCAUGGUUAAUCAUGAUGAAACUAUAGUAUCCUAGAGGACACAUGUUGCAAUCAUGCUAUUGAAUAAUAAAAAGUAGGUUUGAUACUGGGUUGCAGGAGUUGCUAAUCUGGCUUCUUGGAUUUGUCCAAUUAAAUUAUUUUCUGCUUGAAGUGUAAUAUGUGCUCACAUUCUUUAUCGGGUAGUAAUUCCCAUUUUGAAAAAAUAAGAGUAAAAAACUAGAGCACUACACUCUGCAAGAAUUGGUGGUUCUUUGCAACAUGAAUGCCAAAGAAAAACAGAAAGUGCAUUAAGUGCUUGGGGCUUACAAUUAAUUGGCACUAUUAAUGUUGAAGGAAAGGAUGAAUAUAUUCUACAUACAAUUAAAAAAAAUCCUUUAUGAAAAACAAAACAAACAGCAACCCCCGAAUCCAAGUAGUAUGGGACAUUAUUUUAGCAGAGAAUCAGAAAUAGUAUGAGACACUCUUUGCUCUUCAGCCCAUACAACUGAAGUAACUGCGUCCAGAACCCUGAUAGGAAACCCUUACAGAGCUUUUAGAAUUAACUCAAGGUGUGUGACAUUGCAGCCAACAAUUCCCAUGUUUGCGACAUAGCACAAGGAUGAUGUAGUCAGGAGAGUCCUUCCCCACCUUAACGUCUGGCAGGAUGCAGGGGAAAUGGAAAUCCUUUUGGUAUGCUGGUGUCAGCCAUUUGAUAAUGUACAUUUGAUUAUAUAUUCUGCAAUGGUAUCAAGACAUGCUAAAGGAAAGGCGGCCCUAUAAUUCAGAAUUAAUUUUAUUAUAUAAUUCUACCUUAUCCGGAACAGGCACUUUGUCAGAAGAAAUAGAAUCAAAGUUUCAAAGAUAAUUGUGUUUAUUUACCUGUGAAUAUAACAAAUGGAUAAUUGAAUGACGAUAUAUAGUGACUUUUUUUUUUUACAAAAAUGUUUUCCCCUAACAUCUGGACAACAAUGUAUAAAUAUUUACAAUGGAAAAAUAGGAAGGAAAGAGAAAUAAGUAGUCUUCAUUAUCCAAAUUAAUUUCUAAUACAUCAGAUUUGAACACAAAAUACGUCAUUCACAUCUAUUAAAUAUUUACAUGUUUCAUUACUGGAGAGCACUGAGGUUUCUAACUUUAUUUUUACGAUUUGUUGUAUGUGACUCCUGUUAUGUCUCCAAUAUUUGUUUCUGUAUAGCAGUUAAAAAUUUCUGGAAAAAUAAAUCAUUGUUUUGAAAAACCUGAAAA